GUUAUCAAUGCCUCUACUAUCUGCAGCGCCCAUGUACUGUGCACGAUCCAAGCCGCUUCCGCGUGUCCGUCAAGAUCGAACCGUCAUACAGUGUUGGUAACCAUUUUCUACUGUAAAUUUUCGUACGGUCCGAGCUUCCAUUGCAGCAUCGAAACCAAGGGUCCUGUACAGUUUUCGAGGCGAAUUACGGACGAGAAGUGAGUUUGCUUCAUUCGUCGUCCCCCCUCUACCUCGGUAACGUCCAAACCGACCUCGCACCUAUCACAGCGUCCAAUUUGUCAGACAAAUCACCCAGUAUACACAUUUCACCACCGAACAACCUUGACAUUUGCACAAACGGAACGUCGGAAUCGACUAUCCCCUUCCAUCACCACUCUGAACCGAGUAGCAAGAAAAAAAAAAUGUCGACAGUAGCCCGCGCCCUCCGCCCGGCUCGCCGCCUCCGCGUCACGGCGCCGGCACCGACCACAACGGCGGCGCCCAUGAUCCUCCGCAGAUGCUUCGCCGACAAGCCUCCCAUUUACACCGAGUCCGCCGUCAACAGCGAGCUGGGCGUCGGCGAGUUCGAGGGCAUCAAGUUCCGCGUCGAGCCGCUGCGGCGUCAGGGCGAGGACGAGCGAACCAUGCGCGCCCGUCUCCUUUACCAGUCCCGCAAGCGCGGAACCCUCGAAUCAGACCUCCUCAUGUCGACUUUCGCCAACGAACACCUGCCGCACAUGACAAAGUCCCAAAUGGCGCAGUACGACCUCUUCCUCGACGAGAACGACUGGGACAUUUACUACUGGGCCACCCAGGAAGAAGCCCCCUCCGCCUCGGCCUCGACUACAAAGACCUCGUCGUCCUCGUCAAACGACACCCUCGCCUCUUCCACCGUCAACGCAGCAGAGUCCUACCGCCCCGUCGGCUCCGGCGCCGCCUCGACAAUCGACUCCGGCAAGACUUCUAAGCCAAAGGAGGACGUCCGUACGCAGGACGUCCCCGGCGAGUGGGCCAACACCGUCGGCUCCUUCAAGGCGCAGUACCGCCCCGUCCCUGUGCGGUGGCAGGGUAGCGAGAUUUUGGAGAUGCUGAGGGCCCACGUGCGGAGCCGGCGCGCGGACGGCACUGUUGGUGUGCACCGGGAUGUGCAGGAGCGUAAGGAGGGUGGGCUUGGGUUUAUGCCGCCUCUGUUUGACGUCGACAGCGCUGGCAAGAAGAAUUAGAAAGGGGUUUUAUGGCCGUGUGAUGCGCCGACGAGCUCUAGGGAGAGAGGUUUGAGACAUUGUACCAAUAUCUAUCAGGAAAUAUCAUCUUGGGCGGGGAGGGUAAAAUUAUGGGAGCAUGGUACGUUAUAGACGGCUUCAUUGGAAGCCCUCAUUGCAUGGUUAGGGGCGGAGAAGUAGCGCACAUUUGAGAGGUGCAAAGGCUCGCUGUAAGACUUCGUUGGAAACACCUAGCACGUCGAGCGAAAUUGUACACAUCUGUAAUUUGACAGCGACCGGAGGCUACUGUUAGAGUCCCCAGAAUAGACAUGUUACUGGAACGGUGC